GGUAGGUCGGAUUCCGGAAGUAGCUCAGGACAGACACCGCACGUGUAGUUGCAGGAUGAAGUUCGCUUACCGGUUCUCGAACUUGUUGGGUACAGUUUAUCGGUGUGGAAACUUAAAUUUCACAUGCGAUGGAAAUUCUGUUAUCAGCCCUGUGGGAAAUAGAGUCACUGUGUUUGACCUUAAAAACAACAGAUCAGAUACAUUGCCCCUGGCCACUAAGUACAACAUCAAGUGUGUGGGGCUGUCUCCAGAUGGUCGCCUUGCAAUCAUUGUUGACGAAGGGGGUGACGCUCUGCUAGUCAGCCUGGUCUGCAGGUCGGUGCUACACCACUUCCACUUCAAAGGUUCGGUGCACAGCAUCUCCUUCUCCCCCGAUGGCAGAAAAUUUGUUGUCACUAAGGGCAACAUUGCUCAGAUGUACCAUGCCCCCGGAAAGAAGCGAGAAUUCAAUGCAUUUGUUCUGGACAAAACCUAUUUUGGGCCCUAUGAUGAGACCACGUGCAUCGACUGGACAGAUGACUCCAAGUGCUUUGUGGUUGGAAGCAAAGACAUGUCCACCUGGGUGUUUGGAGCUGAACGCUGGGACAACCUCAUCUACUAUGCUCUGGGUGGACACAAGGAUGCCAUUGUGGCCUGCUUCUUUGAAUCCAACAGUCUAGAUCUGUACUCACUCAGCCAAGAUGGAGCCCUGUGUGUGUGGCAGUGCGACACACCCCCUGAGGGCCUGAAGCUGAAAGCCCCUAGGGGCUGGAAGGCAGACUUACUUCAGAGGGAGAAGGAAGAAGAAGAGGAGGAGGAAGAGGAGGAAGAGGAGGGGGAUCGGGAAACCACCAUCCGAGGGAAGGCCAUGCCAGCCGAACAGGAGAAGGCUGGGAAAGUGAAGUACUCACGGCUGGCCAAGUACUUCUUGAAUAAGGAAGGAGACUUUAACAACCUGACAGCCGCUGCGUACCAUAAGAAGAUUCAUCUCUUGGUCACAGGUUUUGCUUCUGGAGUCUUCCAUCUGCAUGAGCUCCCAGAGUUCAACCUCAUCCACUCCCUGAGCAUCUCCGAUCAGAGGGUUGCUUCGGUUGCCAUCAACAGCUCUGGGGACUGGAUCGCCUUUGGCUGCUCAGGCCUGGGCCAGCUGCUGGUGUGGGAAUGGCAGAGUGAAUCCUAUGUGCUCAAGCAGCAGGGCCACUUCAACAGCAUGGUAUCCCUGGCCUACUCCCCUGAUGGGCAAUACAUCGUCACUGGUGGGGACGAUGGCAAGGUUAAGGUAUGGAACACCCUCAGUGGCUUCUGCUUUGUUACUUUUACGGAACAUUCCAGCGGGAUCACUGGUGUGACAUUCACCACCACGGGCUAUGUCAUUGUCACCUCCUCCUUGGAUGGAACCGUGAGAGCCUUUGACCUUCACAGGUACCGGAAUUUCCGCACCUUCACGUCCCCACGCCCCACACAGUUCUCCUGUGUGGCUGUUGAUUCAAGCGGGGAAAUCGUCUCUGCAGGGGCGCAGGACUCCUUCGAGAUCUUUGUGUGGUCCAUGCAGACAGGCAGGCUUCUUGAUGUUCUGUCUGGCCACGAGGGGCCCAUUAGUGGUCUCUGCUUUAACCCAAUGAAGUCCAUCCUGGCCAGUGCCUCUUGGGACAAGACAGUGCGCCUGUGGGACAUGUUUGACAGUUGGAGAACCAAAGAGACCUUGGCUUUGACCUCUGAUGCCCUGGCCGUGACUUUUCGGCCUGAUGGUGCAGAGCUGGCUGUGGCCACACUGAACUCACAGAUCACCUUCUGGGACCCUGAGAAUGCUGUACAGAUGGGCUCCAUUGAGGGCAGGCAUGACCUCAAGACAGGCAGGAAGGAGCUGGACAAGAUCACGGCCAAACAUUCAGCCAAGGGCAAGGCCUUCACCACCCUGUGUUACUCUGCGGAUGGGCAGAACGUUCUGGCGGGAGGCAUGUCCAAGUUUGUGUGCCUUUAUCACGUGCGGGAGCAGAUCCUGGUGAAGAGGUUUGAGCUCUCCUGCAACCUCUCUCUGGACGCCAUGGAGGAGUUUCUGAACCGAAGGAAGAUGACAGAGUUUGGCAAUUUGGCACUCAUUGAUCAAGAUGCUGGGGAGGAGAACGGCGUGGCAGUUCCAUUGCCAGGUGUAAGGAAAGGUGAUAUGAGUUCUAGACACUUCAAACCUGAAAUCAGGGUAACUUCUCUGCGCUUCUCUCCCACUGGGCGCUGCUGGGCAGCCACCAGCACAGAAGGGCUCCUCAUCUUCUCUCUGGAUGCCCAGAUGCUCUUCGACCCAUUUGAGCUGGACACCAGUGUGACGCCUGGGCGGAUCCGUGAGGCACUACGGCAGAGGGAGUUUACCCGGGCCAUCCUCAUGGCCUUCCGGCUCAAUGAGAGGAAGCUGGCACAGGAGGUCCUGGAGGCUGUGCCACAGGAUGAAAUUGACGUUGUCAGUGCUUCCCUUCCUGAGCUGUAUGUAGAGAAAGUACUUGAGUUCUUAGCUGCCUCCUUUGAAGUGUCUAGGCACCUUGAAUUCUACCUUAUAUGGACCCAGAAGUUACUUAUGUCACAUGGACAGCGACUGAAGUCCAGGGCGGGACAGUUGCUGCCUGUAGUCCAGUUCCUUCAGAAGGGCCUCCAGCGACAUCUGGAUGACGUUUCCAAGCUCUGUGACUGGAACCGCUACAACAUCCAGUACGCUCUGGCAGUUUCCAAGCAGCGGGGCGUAAAACGUACCCUGGAACCCUUAGACACAGAAGAGGACACAGACACAUCUGAUGAUGACAGUCUGCACCUAAUCAGGAAAGCUGCAGAUGAAGAGGAAGAAGAGGGGAUGCUGGUGUAGAACCACCACCUCACAGCCUGAGUGACUGAUGGAGAUGGGACCACUGUGCCGAGCCCAGGAAGUGAGAGAUGCCAGAGGCCUCAAGAGCCUGCAGCCAGGACUUCCUGUGAGAUUGACUGCACAUGCUGCCCUGAGGCAGCAAGCCAGCCUUUGAGGUCCAGGACUAGGGUGGAUACAGUGGGCACAUGUAUGCUAUAGGCCCAGAAUGCUUUUUUAGUAGUGUGGACUUGCACACUUUCUGUCAGAGUUAUUUAUAUUUUUAAUACGAACUUCUGGGGAUGAAUUUUUUUUUCCAACUUAGGGUUGGGAAGCUUUUUUUAAAAUGUGAGGGCUUCACUUCUCAACUUUGAGUUUCUGAUGUUUACAAUGUGUCCUGGGUGAGACAUUGUCUUCAAGAUCAGAGUGGCUCUCUGCUCAGGCCUGUGACCCAGGAUAUCUAUCUGUAGACAGAGUGAGGCAGAAAGUGUGCUGGGCUGACCUGGGAGGGUAUAUGUGACAACCCAAGGCUGGCCAGGCAAGCUUGAACAGAUCUAUGCCAGUGUGUACAGGUUAUGUGGGAGAAGAGUCGGUCCCUUCCUGCCAGAGUUGGUGCCUUACUGAUACUUCCUGUUCAUGCGGUUGACCAGGUCCUGCAUGUCAACUCACCAGUGAAGUGACCCACAAGUCUCAACCCAUUGGCGUCUAUGUCCAGGCUGCAAGAGUUGAUCUGUGUGAUCUCUGGUGCACUCAGACCCAUUGCUGUUACACUCAGGCUGAGCCAUGACCAGAUACUGUCCUGGUCACCUGGAAUCUAUUCAGGCUUGAACAGUGGGUGUGGAGAGAAAGCAGAGCUCAGCCUGGUGUCACCAGGUUUCCUGUUCCUGCAGUGUUUCUGUGUGUAGCUUGGGAGAGUGGGGGAGGCACUUCUGCCUGUCCAGGGGCAGGAUCCUGGCUGCCCUGGCUUGUGUUAGUGCCCUCCUGUGAUUUCCAUCUGCAGUAGUGAAUACAGUUUCAUGAAGCCUUA